GGAAGAGGAGGAGUAUGAGCUAGAGGAAGAGAGGGAGCAGGAGGAGAGGACAGAAGUGGAGGAAGAUGACGAGGAAGAGCAGCAGGAGGAGGAGCGGGAAGAGAGAGAGGAGCGCGAGGAAGAGGAGGAGGCUCCGGCCGAACUGGAGCCAGAGCCCGUGUCUGUGUCCGAGUACCAGAGUCCGGUUCACGAGCCACGCCGCCGAGCCAUGGUGCACCCGUCCGCCCAGGCACCGCUGCCCAAAGACUACGCGUUCACCUUCUUCGACCCAAAUGACCCGGCCUGCUUGGAGAUCCUCAUGAACCCCCAAACCACGGUCCCUGAGCUGUUCGCCAUCGUGCGGCAGUGGGUACCCCAGGUGCAGCACAAGAUUGACAUCAUCGGGAAUGAGCUCCUGAAGCGUGGUUGCCAUGUGAACGACCGCGACGGUUUGACUGACAUGACGCUGCUGCACUACAGCUGUAAGGCCGGAGCUCACGGAGUUGGCGACCCGGCGGCAGCGCUGCGUCUCACCACUCAGCUGAUCUCGCUGGGCGCCGACGUGAGUCUGAGGAGCCGCUGGACCAACAUGAACGCCCUGCACUAUGCCGCGUACUUCGACGUCCCGGAGCUGAUCCGAGUCCUGCUCAAAGCAGCCAAACCCAGAGUCCUGAACUCCACAUGCAGCGAUUUCCACUACGGUACGGCUCUCCACAUCGCCGCCUCCAACCUCUGCCUGGGUGCAGUCAAAUGUCUGCUGGAGCACGGAGCCAACCCCACCGUCCGGAAUGAUAAGGGUCAGGUUCCAGCAGAGGUGGUUCCCGACCCAAUGGACAUGAGCCUCGACAAGGCGGAGGCGGCAAUGGUGGCCAAAGAGCUGAAGCAGCUGCUGCUGGACGCCGUUCCACUGAGCUGCAAUCUUCCCAGAGCCACGCUGCCCAACUACGACAACAUCCCAGGAAACCUGAUGCUGGCCGCUCUGGGGCUGAAGCUGGGAGACCGCGUGGUGCUGGACGACAUGAAGCCCCACAGAGACCAGAGCAGAGACGACAGCCCGGCUGCAAAACGCAGACAGACUGGCACUCUGAGGUUUUGUGGUACUACAGAGUUCGCCAGCGGGCAGUGGGUCGGCGUGGAGCUAGACGAGCCAGAGGGGAAGAACGAUGGCAGCGUGGGUGGCGUCCGCUACUUCAUCUGCCCUCCGAAGUUAGGGAUUUUCGCUCCAGUUUCAAAGAUUUCCAAAUCUGUGGACCAGACGCCUUCAUCAGUCACCUCCACCCCAAGAACACCCCGCAUGGAUCUGGCCUCCCGCCUCGCAGGAAAGACCAAGAAGGAGAAAGAGAAGAAGGAGAAAGAGAGAGAGAAAGCCCAGAAGAAGAAGGCUUCAGUAGCCAGUCUAGAUCCAGAGGGAAUGAAUGUGGAAGUCGGAGAUCAGGUUCUGGUGGCCGGACAGAAGCAUGGCAUCGUCCGUUACUUUGGCAAGACAGACUUUGCUCCAGGUUACUGGUUCGGUAUCGAGCUGGACCAGCCCACAGGGAAACACGACGGCUCGGUGUUUGGGGUCCGCUACUUCAGCUGCCUGCCCAAAUAUGGAGUGUUUGCUCCGCCCUCUCGUGUCCAGAGAAUCGGAGGCCCUAAGGACGGCUCACAGAACGACAGCUCCACGGUGAAGAAGGUCCACCAGAUCACCAUGUCACAGCCGAAGCGUAACUUCAACACGAUGCGUUCGCCUAAAGACCUCACGUCUGAGAGCUCCAUAUCCAGGCUGCUCUUCUGUUGUUGGUUUCCGUGGAUGCUGCGCGCUGAGAUGCAGUCCUAACUACGUCCUUCCUCUUCUCUCUUCUACUCCACCACCAGAUCAGUCUUUCUGCUCUACUUACUCUCCGUCUUCUACUCCUGCUUUCACCGACUUUUGCCGUCGUCAGUCAAACUUCUCGUGGUGACCCCGCCCCCUCCUCUCUUAAUCUCAGCUCAGAACCUCCUAAUUUAGCCGUUCUAUAGCAAAAUCUAUAGUGCCUUGUAUCUGAUCAAAACGUUCUGCAUUCCUUUGAAGAAACCGAGAAUCUGAUUCCUCCAAAAAACCCCAACCUUUCACGUCUUAUCGCCUCAUCGUCCCAGCUCGGUAUUUGUCCGUGUUGUGCUGUCAUUUGGGGCCUAACAACAACCACAAAACGUUUGUUUGUGCUGCUACAUGUUUUUGUUUUUGCUGCUACUAGUUUGGGGUCUUAAACAGAUUUUCUCAUUAAUGCCAAGCUCGGCACAAGCUAGCCCAAACGUGGACAAUGAUGCAGAAAUUUCAGCCUGUGCUUUGUGGUUUGGCAGAUGUGUUUGUUAAAUCCUCAGACGCUCUCUGCGUAAAUGCCAGAACACGAGCAGCGCACGAGCGCUCAAACAGUUUGUGCAGAAUAAAGUUUGUCUGCUCGUCUGAGACCAAGAACCUCUGCCACCUCCGCUUGAGUUGAGAAAAUCCUGAGUGCAUGGAGGGAAAAUCCUAGAAAACAUCCCGACUCCAAACUGUUUGAAACUCAGAAGUGAAAACAGGGUUAACCGGCUGCUGGUUUUUACUUGAACACAGCCAAUUAUUGUUUGUAGGAGACUUUAUUUCCACUGCUGCUGUGUGAGAUAAGUAAGUGGUUCUUGGCCUCCGGGUUGACUCACUGUAUGUGGAGGAGUGUGGAUGCUAACAUUUAAUAACAAGAAGAAGGUUUAUCUUUAAUUUACAUUUUCCAGUGAUCCUGACCACAAAGAACAGCUGGAUUUGAUGUUUAUCCUGCUGUUUGUCAGCCGUUAGUCUUCAAAGGUACUUUUUGUAAACGUCUGGCAGGAAAUGCAAUGAACAUUUUCACCACAAGGUGGCAGCGUUUCAUCUGAGCUCCAGUGUAGUUUUUCACCCCAGCCAGCACUACAGUCAUCUACAUGCACAAAACGAUUUUUGCAUUCCAACCAAAUAAAAUAAGUCUGAUUAGAAACACGACAUUUGUACAAAUGUUGAGCUAAUUUUGGAAUUUCUCGUGAGCAGUUUGGAUCCACCUUGUGGUCGACAGAGGUAUUACAUCAAUUUGUAUCUGCAACACAAUGCAUAAAUGUCUUUGACAUAAAGCCGUAAGCUGGUUUAUUUUUUAAAGGAUUUAAUCCGCUUUUGACCAAGAAUUCUUUACAAAAAGUACCUUUGAUUAUAGUCACUACUAAUCAGCGUACUGCCAAACACUCACGCUCGUUCUUGGACUUUAAAAACUAAUAACAGGCUCCAGUUGUAAUCUGUUAACCAUAAACUGCUAACUGACCCAAACCGUUGACGUUUCCAGCCCCAUUUCAUGAGACUUCAUGUCUUUAUGUUGCCUCUGAACACAAGCUUCAGUUCCAGCUAAAUGUGAUGUCCAGUCCAUUCAGGGUUGAAUAUGUCUUUGUAAUAAUCAGUGUCCCUUCAUCAGCGCCUCCAUUUUGAGGUUUUUAAUGACCUUUACUUAGAAGUUUAACCCCUAAACGAGCUCCAGAGUCCAAACGUUGAUCUUUCUCUGACCCUCCUCUCUCGCUCCUCUCUCUCUCCAUUUAAAUAAGACUUUGGUAUCUUUUGUGAAUGUGAGCAUCCGCGAAAAGAAAAACACAAGUUAACCUAUAUGUGUGCUUAAUGGUAAAUCUCUCUGCAUAACUGAGAAACAGCAAUAUGUAAACAGUGUACCUAUCUCUGUGUGGAAAUGUUUCCUGUGUUAAUGUCUCGUUACACUCUGUGAGCACUCGAUACAGAGAGAUGAACACACUCGCGCUCUGAUGGCCGAGGCUGCCGGGGCGAGCCCAGAGAAUAACCAGACAAGCGAAGGGAUGAAAUCCAUCCUCAGUUUUGAUCCAAGUCGAGUCAGAGAAGUCGCUCAAGUGGAAAGUGACCCAGGCGCCACCUUAAGACUGUGGAGCGUAUUUGGUGAGGUCAGAUCCUUCUGUUGUCUGAUUUUUGGACGGAGCAUUCAGAUCUCAUGAAUAAGACCGGGGAGAUUUGGCAACUUGUCUCCAGAGAUGUAAAACUUUAAAUUAUCAGAAUUAUGAAAUGUGACCAAACACCUUCCUGCAAAACACUGGUUGACGGUCAUUUUAGAGAAUCUUUGGUCCUCUGAAGAGAUCGGUAGGAGCCUUUCAGGCGGGGCUUGUCGGUUUUUCUCUCCGUCUGCUCUGCAGCCUCGGCAACAGGAAACACCUGUGGUUGCUCGUGCACACUGCUGUGGAUAAUGUCCUGUUUGUGCCCGUGGAAUCAGCUUCAACAUUAUACUAACGAGAACUGCAGUGCUUUUGCUUUUCCACUCACCGGGCGCUCGGUUUAACUCAGUCAGCUGCAGGAUUUAGUCCAUGUGGUCACAAACCUUUCAUUCCUGCUUGAACUUGACCUGAGCCUCGCCUCUAAAUGACUUAACCAGCGCCGUGUCAGCCAGACGAGCGGCAGGUUGAGUCAUGUCAUGUUCGCCACGGACACAAACUGGUGUCCUGGCAGGACUGUAGUUCAUUUAAGCUGCUUUAAGGAUGUCCUGAAAAUUUCCUCAAAGACAUCUACUCCUGUUGAUGGGUGAGAUGAACACAAACUGUCAGUCCUGCAUCCAUCGAGUUGUUGGAACUGUCCAAAACUGUCCUGAGAAGCAGCUUUUUGAAAAAUGGGACUAGACGUUAGAGCGAUGUGCAGAUGACUUACUGCUUUACCUUCACAAAUAAAUAUCACAGCCACAGCCCAAACAAGCCAGACGAACCGAAGUCAGUCCACGUGUUGUAUUUGCAUCUGUUUAUAGUUUCACACCGGAAAUUCAUUGCUACGAGUCAGCUGUUGUAGCACGGCGUUCGAUGCUGAAGCUCCACCCAGUCGGGCGAGCAUUAGUGGACCGCAGUGAUGGUGGAAGUUUGUCUUUGUACAGUAAACGUACAGUAACAGUACAGUCGAUAUGUCGGUUUGAACGUAGCGUACUGUGUAGAUGUGGAGCUUUCUCUGGUUUGGCCACUGAGCGUCACCAGUUAUUAAUCUCACGCUAAAGGAAGCGUUACAGACGUUUUUAUCAUGACAUAUUUUCACUUUGAUUUUCUGUACCUACGGCCGUUUCCGCUCUUUUUGCCUGAUAUAGCUCUUUAACUACAAACUCUCACUUUGUCAUUUUUGUUGAUUGGAUUUAAGAUUGGUUUCCUAACUUUAAGGCAGCAGGAAUGUUUGUCAUCCUCGUCAAGAUUCAGCCACUGAAACUCCGUCUCACAUCAUAGCCAUCAUCUUCUCCUAAUCUAAACCAGAAGGUGACUAAAAAUGUUCUUUGCUUCCAAUUAACUCUAGAAAUGUUUCCACAUUUACUUUUUGGUUUCAAAUGAAAAUCCUGUUUGAUGCCUUCAUCGCCCACGUUGGCUUCGUUUCUCCACACUUCAUGAGAUGAAGUUGAAUAUUUGUGUCUUGAAUAUCGUGAUCAGGGAUGCACCGAUCAAACUUUUUCAGUUCCAGUGUGAUACCGUGGCUUUGGGUGUCUGCUGAUAUCGAGGACUGACCCAGGAACAGUCUGAAAUGAGGAAGCGGUGAUCUUUACUGGAAGCUGGAGCCUGAAGUUGAUUCUUUCUUAAUGCAACCUCAGCAUCAACCUAAACGUUGCAUUAAUUACUCUGUAAAGUCUAAUAUAUUAGGCCCGACUGAUUUAUUAGCCAAUAUUAGCUAUUUGCUAAUAUGUUGGUAUUGGUUACAGUUACAAUAAGUGAAAAUUUAAAAAGCAAAGAAGAGACGUGGAGAAACUCCUUCAGCCAUGUUAUGAGUUUCGACGUUUGUCCACCAGAGGGCACUCUGCAGCUUCCCUGUUUGGAAUGAAACGAACAAACCGAGCAAAAACAAGAUUAUGACAAUAUUAUCUUAUUAAAGACUCACAAAUAACUACACACAACAGAUAUCCAGGAAAUCCGUUUGUGUUUCAAAUGUCUGGCAGAACUUAUAUCAUUGGUUGAAUUGAUUUGUGCGUCACGUCUGUGACUUUAGAGUUUCCUUUGGUCCUCUCGGUCUGAGUGCACCUCACAUGCACGUAUUGUAUCAUCUACAAAUAAAAGCUGUUUGCACUGGAGGUGUGAAAAGCCUGUGGCUCCAUGCUACACCACAGCUGACAGGCCGCUGCUGAUGGGCGGUGUAAACUACAUACAGCUGAAUGAAUCGACCAUAGAUCGACUUGUUGAAGCCAGUGUUCAGUGCCAGACUGAUAUCCAACCCAAAUAUCCGAUCAGUGCAUCCGUGAUCACGGUUGGUUCUGGAGAAGCGUCGUUUUUAUGUCGUAUGAGCACAAACGCGGCGAUCGUCUCUCAUCUUCCACAACUGAAGAUGAAGCUGAGUCAGAAGUUUAUUGUCAGUCGCCUCUGUGAUGUAUUUCCUCCGUACUGACGUGAAGCCGGGAGCCGUUGAACAGUUUUAGCAGCUCAGCCCUCGUUUGCAACAUAACUUCUCAGUAAGCAGAUUUUCAGAGCGGCACUGACACCAACGGCUGCCCAAAGGAAGGAAAUCAGUCACGUUAGGAUCAGCAGGAAUGCAAACUGUGAUUUGUAGUUAACGGGCUGAGAGAGUCGGUGGUUCUGUCCUUUAAAGAAGUGACGGGUGUCUGAGGAUGUAAUGUCGAAAUCACAGAAACGAACUCGGCACUGCUCGUUUUAACAUUCAGAGUCUUAAGAUUAUACAGUAUAUAGCCUAUAUUUUGAUAACUUCACUAAGUGUACUUUUUGUUCUCUGGUUUUGUAAAGUGUGCGUGUGUUUUACUUUAGUCCAUGUGUGUGAGUCACUCCUGUUUUCAAAGUGUGUUUAAAGCCGACGGACGCUGAAGCAGAAACAGGAGAACGAGCAUCGGACGUCUUCUUCCUAACAGAUCCUCACUGCAUGCUCUCUCUCAGUAUUUUCUCAUUCGGGGUUUUCAGUGUAUGUAUCUUCUCAUCAGCAUGGAAAUGCUUCUAAUAAUAACAACUCUAUGAAUAUAAUAAAGAUUUGAUGUUUUUCUAA